GUGCCAGGGUCGUCAUGGCGGCCCACAUGAACUCCGCGGCAGAAGACUUGAACCAUUCGCAGGUGAACUUGAGCGUGGACGUACGAGAGAGGGCAAGGGAGAACAUGGCUCUUGGCGCAGCGGACAUGGUCGUGACAUGGGCCAAGCCGGGGCGUAAAAAUGACGCCGAGUAGCGUCCUCCUGGCAAUGUAUCAAGUAUAAGAGUCGUUGUAUUUUACCAGCAAUGGGAAUGGGUUUGAGGUGAGUGACACGGCAAAAUUAGCUCUCUUCUGGACAUCAUGGAUCUCAUCUCGAGUCUGGGGGUCUUCCCAACGUCUGUUCCCGAUUGGACAAACCUGAAAGUCUUGCAUAGAAGCACACUGCCUCAUCGCGCGCAUUUCUACUCAUAUCUCAGCGAAGAUGCCGCCCUGUCAUUCGACCGUGAGCAAAGCGAGUUCCUUAGCCUCAACGGCACUUGGAAGUUCCACUACGACCAGAGCCCCUUCGAAGCUCCCCUUUGGGAGACGGCAAACGUGACAUCGUGGGCCGACAUUGAAGUCCCCGGCAUGUGGCAGCGCCAGGGCUACGGAAUCCCCCACUACACCAACAUCGAUUACCCUUUCCCCGUUACGCCGCCCAACGUCUCCUACAUCAAUCCCACUGGUUCGUACUGGCGGGAGUUUGAAGUACCUCAAGACUGGAGCGAGGACCAGCAGAUACGCUUACGUUUCGAAGGCGUCGACAGCGCGUUCCACGUCUGGGUGAACGGUGUCGAGGUCGGCUACAGUCAAGGAAGCCGCAACUCCCACGAGUUCGACAUCACCGACUACCUUACUCCUGGCGAAGCCAAUUCGCUAUCCGCCCGUGUCUAUCAGUGGUCCGAUGCUUCAUACAUCGAGGACCAAGACCAGUGGUGGAUGUCGGGCCUCUUCCGAGAUGUCUAUUUGGUCCCUUUCCCUCGCUCUUCGAUCAUCGACUACUUUGUCAAUACUGAGAUUGACGACUCCUUUGAAAGUGGUACUGUUAAACUGAAUGCGACAGUUCAAGGCCAGCCAGGUACUAUGACUGUGAAGCUUCUGUCACCUGAGGGUGCCACGCUUGACAAAUGGUCUGGGUCGUCUUCGGAGGUGUACACACACAGGCUUCAAGGCGAAGACCUGCAUCUAUGGUCCGCUGAAACACCAACCCUCUACACUGUUCUAGUAACAUUCAACGGUCGAACCAUCAGCCAGCGCGUUGGCAUUCGUCGCGUUGAAAUCAGCGGCUCGAACUUUCUUGUCAACGGCAAGGCUAUUACCAUCUAUGGUGUCAACAGGCAUGAACACCACCCAAUCUCCGGCAGGACUGUUCCUUAUGAGAGUAUGAGGGCCGAUCUCAUCACGAUGAAGCGCUCCAACAUCAACGCCAUUCGCACCGCGCAUCAGCCCCCGCGUCCAGACUUCUUCGACAUUGCAGACGAGCUCGGCUUCUACGUCAUAUCCGAGGCAGAUCUCGAGUGUCACGGGUUCGACAAAGUCGGGGAGACGAGGGAAGCGAUGGCGGAGUGGACUUCCCAGAAUCCCGAUUGGGAGGAUGCGUACGUCGACAGAGCUCAGGCGCUUGUCGAAAGGUUUAAGAACCACGCGUCAGUCAUCAUUUGGUCGCUUGGCAACGAGUGCUUCUACGGAAAGAACCUAGAUGCCAUGGCGAGGUGGAUCAAGCAGCGAGACCCGAGUCGAAUCACGCACUACGAGCCCGACCGCGAAGCUGAGUCGGUUGAUAUUUACAGCCAGAUGUACUCGACUCCGGAGAGCGUUGUCAAGUUCCUCAGCAACCAUACGGACAAGCCUUUUAUCUUGUGUGAAUACGCGCAUGCGAUGGGCAAUGGCCCAGGUGGUCUAAAAGAAUACAUCGAGCUUUUCCGGUCUGAACCCACUAUCCAGGGUGGACUGGUGUGGGAAUGGAGCAACCACGGGCUGCUCAAGAAAGAAGGAGAUAUUGAGUAUUACGCUUACGGUGGAGAUUUUGGUGAUGAGCCAAACGACGCCGACUUCAUCAUGGAUGGACUUGUUCUCUCCGACCAUAGCCCCAUGCCCUCGCUCAUUGACUAUGCCAAGGCAAUCCAACCGGUGACUGUGAAACUUUCCGCGGACGGACAUCAAAUGAUUAUCACCAACCACUAUGACUUUCUCGGCGUCACGGAGCUUGAUGCUUCUUGGCAUGUGAUUCAAGACGGGGAGGUACCCACUACUCCCCGUGUCCUAGAGCCACCAGGCAUUCCGGCCGGAGAGCAUCGCUCUGUCACUCUGCCCACGGGUAAUUCGAGCUUCCCUGACGAGGCGUGGAUUACCAUUGAGUUCAAGCUGAAGAACGACAAGGUUUGGGCAGAAAAGGGCCAUGUUGUAGCCUGGGAUCAGCUUCAUCUUAACGCUCCAGUAACGACUAACCAACCGCACAAGACAUUAUGACUCUCCGGUACAAGCUCGUCAGUCACAUAGUCUCGACGUUAAGCAAGACAAAACACAUCUCAAGGUUGAAAACGGCGACGCAUCUUUCGGCUUUGAUCUACUAGAAGGAAACGUUAGCAGUACUGUGAAGAUAAUGCUUCUAGAUGCAUCCUCUAAACGCUGGCGUGUAGACGGUUGAAUACAGAGCUGCGCCUGUCAGGAGGAUUAACGCUGGCGCGUAGACGGUUGGAUACGGAGCUGCGCCUGCCAGGAGGAUCGCCAGAUGGG